ACUGCAAACAUGGACUCCUUGCAGAACGUGCUGAAGUUUAUUACUGACAAUAAGUCGGCCAUUGGUUAUGGCUUUAUGACUCUUAUGACCAUCGGGGGACAAAGGUUAUUUUCUUUAGUUGCCUUUAAGUGCCCGUGCAGUCACCUAAACUUUAUCUAUGGGUCUGCCUUUUUGUUUGGCCCUGCAAUCCUUUUCUUUAUUAUUGGUUACUUUUUGAACAGCAGGACAUGGAAAUUAUUUACUGGGUGUUGUGUGAACCCAAAGAAAUUGUUACCUAGAAGAAACCCCUGCUACUGUCUUCGUAUUUUCAUUCAGAUCACACUAAAUGCUUUGAUUCUUCCUAUCAUGUGGAUAUCUGUAGCUUUGCUCAAUGGAACAUUUUACACGUGUGCCAUGAGUGGGUGGCAGGACCAGGAGAAUGGGCACUUUUUGUGCAAAAACAAGUCAGAGAACUGUUUCCAAGAGAUAUUUAAGCUGAGCUGUGACAAGGCAUCUAUACCACCCGCUGAAUCAGAAGAGAUCUUGGGACUGCUAAAUGCACAGUCUCAGGUCCUAGGCUGGUGCGUCAUACUGAUAUCAACUGGCAUCUCUCUGUUAUCUACCUGCUAUUUUAACUGCCGGUCCAAAGUAAGCUCACUACAAAUAAAGUUCUGGAGAAUCUACAUUGAAAAGGAAAAACAGAAGUUUGAUGAGUUUGCGCAAGAAUAUGCCACCAAGCUGGCUGAGAGGAAUCUGAGAAGUUUCUUUGAAAACAAAGAUCCAGAACCCUUUGAGAUGCCCAGCAACCAGGCAUGGAAAGAGGUUUCCUCUUUAUAUUCGUUCAACAAAGAACACCAGUAUUACAGUACUGUUCACAGAUUUGUUGAGCAUGGUAUAAGUGACAAUGUAAACAGACAAGAAAUGCUUGACUUUGUGGAUGGACAUUCAACUGUGUAACAAUUACUAUGAAAUACAGCCACAAGAUACAGAGGGAAACCAUUCCAUUGUCAACAAGCAUACAACAAGUAAAAAAAUAAUGUACAUUUACAUAAUGCGGCCUUAUGAUUUCAUUAACUAAAAGUGGUAGUAGCAACUAUUUCUGGUUAUGUAAAACCAAUGCAGAGACUUCACUAUAAUUCAAAUCAAGGCAAAUCAUUACCAACCAGACUUAAAGACAUUUAAGUUGAACAAAACCUCCUAGUGUGCUAUGUAACUGCAGCAAUGUGCAGUGGAGUUGGCAGCCACUAACUUUGGCCUUGUCAAAUACUGUUUUCUGACCCCCUGGCCCAUGUCCAGUGGAUGCAGAUCAGAGCCUGGCUUCCACCGUGCUUUUUUCUGGUCAGCAAUCUCGGGCAGGAAGAAGGAGGAUGAGACCUGAUCGAUAACACCGGCUGCCAACCUAGCUAUGCUACUUUGUGGUUACAGAGCUGAUCCAGGCGAAUUUUAGCUGCAGGCCUUGAUGUGGUUGUUGGGGGGGGGCUCAGUUAAAAAUGUACACUGGGAGUUUAGUUCUCCUUUAGGACAAUGUCCAUAUGUUUGAUUAAUAAUAUAAACCAGUAUAUCGUUACCUUUGCA